CCGGAGCAGAAGGUGGCAGUAAUGCACCGAUAAGCUCACGAAAGCAGAAGAAGAAGAGGAAGUAGAAGAAGAAGAAGCCAGCGGAAGUUGCAGCACACUAAUGUCCCCCGUGCUGGAUUCCUUUCCUCGUUUUACUGCACAUUCGGAAGCAGGAUGACCAGUGUUGAACAGAUGGCAGCAGUAGGACAGGUUUUGAUCGAUCCAGGAAUAGACCUGACCCGGCGGUUCAGAGCCUUAUUCACCUUGAAGAACCUUGGAGGGGCUGAAGCCAUUGACUGGAUCAGUAAAGCCUUCACAGAUGAAUCUGCCCUGCUGAAACAUGAGUUGGCUUACUGCCUUGGACAGAUGCAGGACAGACGGGCCAUCCCCACUUUAACAGCCGUGCUCCGAGAUACACAGCAGGAGCCCAUGGUCAGGCAUGAAGCAGGGGAGGCUUUGGGAGCAAUUGGGGAUGCUGUGGUUCUGGACCUACUGAAAGAAUACAGUCAGGACCCUGUCAUAGAGGUGGCAGAGACUUGUCAGCUGGCUGUUCAGCGGUUGGAGUGGUUGCAGAGUACAGGGGUUAAGCAGUUGGACGAUGGAAGUACGGAUCAGAACCCCUACCAAUCCGUAGACCCGGCUCCUCCAGCUGUGAGAAAGAGCGUGUCAGAGCUUCGCUCAAGUCUGUUAGACGAGGAUCUGCCACUUUUUGAACGUUAUCGGGCCAUGUUUGCCUUGCGUAAUCUGGGCACCGAGAUGGCUGUGCUGGCACUGGGAGACGGUCUACAGUGCUCAAGUGCUCUAUUCCGUCAUGAGAUUGGCUAUGUCCUGGGUCAGAUGCAGCAUCCUGCAGCGGUCCCAGCCCUCUGUGCAGCACUGGAGCGUUCUGGUGAGAACCCGAUGGUCCGACACGAGGCGGCAGAGGCACUUGGUUCCAUCGGGAAAGAAGAGUGUCUGGCUGUGCUGCAACAGUACCUUGGAGACAGAGAGCGUGUUGUGAAGGAGAGCUGUGAGGUCGCUCUAGAUAUGCUCGAGUACGAAACCACUGAGCAGUUCCAGUAUGCAGAUGGACUGGUCAGCUUAAAGGGUUAACGGGCUGGGAGUAGUACUGACUUUCUCAUUCAAAUAACAGCCAGAGGUUUGAAGCAGCUGCCACUUCAUGUGUACCUUUCCUUUGCAUGGUGUUGCCACAGGAUAACUUUGUUAGGAGUACAGUACUAGAGGUUGUCCAAUUUCAGUUCCACCCGAACCAAUACAAGUAUGUUAGGCAGUACACGUUCCUCAUUGUAGGAAUAGUUCAUGCCAAACUUAAACAGUUGAUUACUUCAAAAUUCAGGUUUUAUGUGAAUCUUGUAUCCAACUGUGUACUUUAUGAGAAUUAAAACAAUCCUGGGGUAUCCCUUGUAUUUCUUAUUCUUAAAUCUUAUU